GCAUGCGCACAAUAGUCCACAACUCUAGUCCCGUCCACAAGCGCAGACAUCAACAAGAGAGCGGGUUACCGAUGAGGGUAGAUGUUCAUAAGUCACAGCGUAACGACGCGGUAUUCGGACUGUUAUUACUUUGGAUCAGCUCCACACAACUCGCAGAAAGAUGUUUGGCUUUCACAAGCCUAAAAUGUACAGGAGUUUGGACGGCUGCUGCAUCUGCCGUGCAAAGUCGUCAAGCUCUCGUUUCACAGACAGCAAGCGCUAUGAGAAAGACUUCAGGAGUUGCUUUGGACUGAGCGAAAGCCGGUCUGGAGAAAUCUGUAAUGCCUGCGUGCUCCUUGUGAAACGGUGGAAAAAACUCCCUGUGGGAACCAAGAAGAACUGGAACCAUGUUGUUGAUGCCAGAGGAGGUCCCAGCUUAAAGUUAACUUCCAGGCCCAAGAAAAUAAAGUCCAUCUCCAAGAAAGCACGGCCAAGCCAGAUCAACAGGCUUCAGAAAGAGCUGAAAAGACACAACUCAGAUGCCCACAGCACCACCUCCAGUGCCUCCCCUGCUCAGUCUCCCAGCUACAGCAACCUGUCAGACGAGGGGUCCGACACAGAGCUCAGCCCAGGAUCCAGCCGCUCCCCCGUUUUCUCAUUUCUGGACCUAACAUACUGGAAGAGGCAAAAGGUGUGCUGUGGAAUAAUCUACAAGGGGCGCUUUGGGGAGGUGCUCAUCGACCCCCACCUGUUCAAACCGUGCUGCCGCAACAAACGACAACAACAACAACAACAGCAGCAGAAGCAACAACAGCAGCAGGAGGAGGAGGAAGAGGACGAGGAGGACGAGGAAGAAGAGGUGGAGGCAGAGGAAGGUCGGGUGUGUGUGGAAAAAUCCCAGAUGGGAGAGGAAGUGAAGGAGAUGGCAACUUGUGGUGAAAGUGCAGAGUCUGCUCAGCUGCAUGUUGCAUCGCCACCAGUCAGGAGUGAGGUGGUGGGGGAGGAAGGAUGGUAAAGUCACCCCCCCACACACACACACAUCUCUGAAGAAAUCUUGAGGUGCUGUUUUUUCCUCUCAAGCACUUAUAGAAAAAAGUGGCCUCAGAUUGCCUUCAGUUACAAAGCAGCUGAAAAAUCCUUUCUCCAUAAUGAGGAUUGUUGAUUGCAUUUAAAUGAUAACUUAUGGACUGUUGUGUUUCUCCGUUGUCUGUCUUUACUUUGUAUUUAAUAUUUUUGCCAUCCCGACGAUGGACCAUCAUACUCGGUGUAAUUGAUCUACUUUGAAAUGCUGGAGCUCCACUUUGCUGGUACAUUUU